CUUAGGUCCCCAUCCUUUGGCAGCUUGGCAGGGGGGCGUGUGCGGGGGACGGGUCUCUCGCUUAUUCGGUGUGCCUGCCCCCCCCCUUCCUCUUCCUCUUCAUUGAUUGCGGAUGCAGCUUCAGGGCAACGCAGGCAGCAUGCUCAAGAACUGCAGCUAUUUGCCAUGCACCUUGUGCUCCUUUCUCUUUAUCUCUCCAUUUUCCUGCACCGAGCCCAUCAAGGAGAACCUGCCUUGCAAGCAAGCCUCCCAGAACCUGGGGAGUGGGAUUGAGGGCCCCCAGACACGGAUCGCCUGCCAGCCGCAGCACGGAGGCGCCGGGGGCGUGGCCUGCCCCUCCGGGGGCGUGUCCUCCCGCCGCGCUCGCCCCGCCCCCCGCCCGCCAGGCCCCGCCCCCUCGGCCUCCAUGGGUCGGAAGCGCUGCUGCGGCGGCGGCGGCAGCAGCGGCGGCGGGUCGGGCUCCUCCAAGAUGGCGGCGGGUUGCUGCGGGGUGAAGAAGCAGAAGCUCUCCAGCUCGCCGCCGUCGGGCUCGGCCGGGGGCGGGGCCGGGGCCGGCGGAGCGGGGUCGCGCUGCUCGGGGGAGCCGGCGCCGCGCCUCAACGGCCUGGCGGGGGGCUCCCCCGGGUGCGCGCUGGCCGGGCCCUCUCCUCCGCCCGGCUGCGGGGCCCCGGCCUCGGCCUCCUCCGCCGCCGCCGCUUCCGCCGCCUCUUCUUCCGCCGCCGCGCUGCUCGCCUCGCCCGGGGCCGGGUGCCGGAAGAUGGUGGUGUCGGCCGAGAUGUGCUGCUUCUGCUUCGACGUGCUCUACUGCCACCUCUACGGCUACCAGCCUCCGAGGAGCCCCCGCUUCACCAACGAGCCCUACCCACUCUUCGUAACGUGGAAGAUUGGCCGAGAGAAACGAUUACGUGGAUGUAUAGGUACCUUUUCUGCCAUGAACCUGCAUUCAGGACUCAGGGAGUACACGCUUACUAGUGCCCUUAAAGAUAGUCGCUUCCCCCCAAUGACGAGGGAUGAGUUGCCACGGCUUUUCUGCUCAGUGUCUCUGCUUACUAAUUUUGAAGAUGUCUGUGAUUACUUAGAUUGGGAGGUGGGUGUACAUGGCAUUAGAAUAGAAUUCAUCAAUGAAAAAGGAUCAAAACGCACCGCCACCUACUUACCGGAGGUUGCAAAGGAGCAAGGAUGGGACCACAUUCAGACCAUAGAUUCCUUAUUGAGGAAAGGAGGCUACAAAGUUCCAAUUACAAACGAUUUCAGGAAAACAAUAAAACUGACCAGGUAUCGUAGUGAAAAGAUGACCCUGAGCUACACGGAGUACCUUGCCCACCGCCAGCACCACCACUUCCAGAAUGGCAUCGGGCACAGCCUCCCACCGUACAACCAUUAUUCCUGACAUUGAGCCGCAUGACCAGUCGUCCCUGGACCUCUCCGCCGACCUCUUCCCAGGAGACCCGACCCCCUCCUGGUCUAGCUAUCUCUAUUACUGUACCAUUUUAUGAUGAUAGUUUCCGUUGCCAUGAUGACGCUUCUCCGCAGCAGGUUAAGUUCACCAUGGCAACGGGUAGAAACGCUGCAUCAUUCACCCUUCAUCCUUUCUUUUUUUAAAAAUAGUAUUAAGUCACUGUGGGCUUAUUGGGUUUUUUUUGACAGCAUAUAAAAACUCGGGACAUAUAUAUAUAUAUAUAUAUAUAUAUAUAUAUAUAUAUAUAUAUAUAAAAAUUUAAAUUUCUACUUCACGAACAUUGACAUUAUAUCAAUCAAGGGUUUUUUUCCUGUGGAUAGAGGGAAAGAAUUUAACACUUAAGAGUUUGAACUAGAGAGAAAGGGGAAAGCAAAGUCAGCUGCUCAUGAAAUCAUAAGACAUAUCGGUUUGGAAAACCUGAGUAGAAGUAGCCAUGCGGUUCCUUAGAGUCCCCAUGAGUUAAGAUUUUUCAUUUCAUGUAGAUAUACAUGAAGCUCAGACUCCUAUCCUGGUCAGCCCAGGAGGGGGCACGACGACGACGAUGAUGAUGACAUAAAUUGCCUGAUUAGGAAAAAGAAAAAAAGGCUAUGAUAUUUUUGGCACAAGCGAUGCCGUAAAUCAUAGGACAAAUGUCAUGGCAUGCCAGGGCAGGGGUCCUGGUUCCAUUGACUUCGCAAAAUGUUUAUGACACGAAUCACUGGAACUAAAAUCUCAUCCCAAGUGGCUGAUUCUUGGAGAGGGAGCGGUCCACCUUCCCGCCCAUCCAUGGCGCUUGAAGGAAGAUGGCUCCUCCCUUUCCUGGUCAAUGCCUUGUGCAGUUCUUCUCUUUGGCAGAGGCGAGUGACCGGCGCACCGUCAUGGUUUCACGCCCAGCACUGAUGCUGUUCUGCGGCUUCUGAGACAGGGGUUGCUUCCGUUGCCAAAACGGUUUGGCACGGCACAACAGGUGUGUUAGAAAGUCAGUGGAUCUAGGUAUUAGUGCCUUCAACCAGGAUGCAGGCUUUACCAUAAUAGUGGGGAAAAAAGCAGGGAAGUAGAACCAUGACAAAAGACUACAUCAAACUGAGAAGUGGGAGCAAAAUCCAGCUUUCUGCUCCCUGCUUCUUGAAAUUUGAGGCAUCUAGCCUUGGUUAUGUUUCAGUUUAGCGCAGGCCUGCAUAAGUUGUGACCCUUCAGGUGUUUUGGACGUCAUCUCCCAGAAUUCCUGACCAUUGGACAAGCCGGCUAGAGCUUCUGGGAGUUGGAGUCCCAAACAUCUAGAGCAGCGGUUCUCAACCUCUGGGUCCCCAAAUGUUUUGGCCUACAACUCCCAGAGAUCUAAUCCAGUUUACCAGCUGUUAGGAUUUCUGGGAGUUGAAGGCCAAAACAUCUGGGGACCCACAGGUUGAGAACCAUUGAUUAGAAGGCCACAUGUUGCAUGGGCCUGCUUUUGCCCAACAAUUAGUUGGUAGAAAGAGUUAAGGAGUAGUGCGUUUGGAUAUCAAGUGUCCAGACAGUACUGCGACCAAGAGUUCAGCACCGUGAUGCUGGCUAGUGUCUUUCCCAACAUGGAAGAGGACAAGGGAACUAUAGAUUGCCCCUUCAAGUAAUGGGAAUGGGAUAGGGUGAUGUUUGUGUUGCCGAAAGGCUUCCCAUUGGAGCCAUUGCCUUGUUCUGUGCACUUGCAAAUCACUCGCAAGCUUUUAUUAUGGCAAAGUGUAUUUCCAAGGGGGUAGGAAGCCUACCCAUUGCUAAAAGACCUUUUUCAUUUGGUUGCAACUAGUAGAAAGCAUAACCUUUGAUGUUAUUCCAAGAGAUAACUCUUGAGUACCUGGGGAAGUAAGUGGAGCUGGUUUCACAGGGGCCACUGUCAUUCCUUCAUCCACAGUGUUUAAACGUCCAAAUAUUAACUUUUUCUGUUUUAAUGCCUUAAUUUUUGAAGUGAAUGGAAGGCCUGAGAAACGCAAGGUACAGACGGGCGGAUAAAAGAGCUGUGGCCACUGCUUCUUGUCGAAGUUAUUCAGUACGGUUCUCUCUUUUUUCUUUCCCAUUUGGCGUUUUGAGAAGUGGCUUCACUCUGAAACGAAAGCUGUAUCAUCCAGGUGUAUUUGAUUGCAACUUUUUUGGUGUUUUUUUUUUGCCCUCAAAAGGGAAACUUGAGCACAAGCUGGAAAAAAAUAACCAUUGUCUGCUGCAAACAUUUGAGAAAUCAGCCAUAGCCACCUGGUCCCAUCAUUCUCCAUUAUCUCAUUAAUGGCUCAUGCUUGUGGGUGAGCUCCUCAUUAGACGUUUUUUUAAAGAAAGAUCUAUUAUAUAUAUAAAUAUAUGUGUAUUUAAAGGUGCUAAUCAACCUUGAGCAGGUCACGUGACUGGUCAUGCGGACUCUAAAAAUCAUAUCAGAUUUUUUUUUAGAAAAAAAAUCCUCAAUAUAUGCAGAUGUUAUACAGAAUUUCUUACAAGUGUAAUAAUGAUGAUAUACUGAUUUAAAUAAAAAAAAAUAUCCUGCAGGGUUUGAAGGACAAGGUCAGCAAUACUUCCCACCGUGGCUUGGGGGAGAAACUUUUUUUAAAAAGACAAUUUUUGUUUCCUUUUAUAUAUGUGUAUGAGUGUGUAACACAGCAUAAUGCACAAUUCGUUUCUGUCUCUCUCUUGCUGAAUAGCUGUUGCUUGGGGAAUUUCCCAAAUGAAAGCUCAGAGGGUCAAUGCAAACUGGAAAGGUGUGCUUUAAAAACAUAAAACCUCCAGACUCUUCUGAAACCGGUUUUGCAGUGACAACGUUGUUAAGACGUCAGCUUUGGGCAGAAACUUCAGCAACGUUCUGUUUGUACACAUAGAUCAAACUCAAGUUUCUCUGAGUCUUUUAUUUAGUGCUGCCGCCACCUUCCUUUAUGGUGAUGAAAAGGCCGACGGCACUUAAGGACAUGACGUCCUUGGUGUGUAUUUGCAGGUUUGUGUGUACAGAAACACUGUGUACUACGGAAGAACAAGAACACUCAGUCUGUUCUCCUUUAAAUUGCCCAGAAGGGAGGACAAAGCUUGAAAUACGUCUCCUGGUUAGGUUUUGUGCAAAUUUAACAUGGAGGAGAUUAUCACAUGCUGUGGUGAUUCUGCUUUAACUGCUGCAAUGGCCGCCUCCUGUGGCAUCCUGGGGUUUGUGGUGUAGGGCCUUUUAAAAAUCCUCAGCCAGAAAGAUUCUGAGCCUCCCUAAACUGCAAAUCCCAGGAUUCCACAGGAGGCGGCCAUAGCAACAGUUGAAGCGGAAUAACAGCAGUGUAUGAUAACCUCCUCCGAUGUUAAAUGUGUACAAAACAAAACUAGGAAACAUAUUACCAUCUUAGGAUUUUAAGAAGUCCCUCUAUAAACUACAAAUCCCUAGUUUCCACAAGAAGCAAAUGUAAAAAGCAAAAUAACCGUGCUUUAACAGCAUCAUGCAAUGACCUCAAAUAUUAAAUUUGCAUGAAAACAAAACUAGGAGACUUAUAUCAAACUUUGUCCUCCUUCCGGGUGAUUUUAGACCAGACUUGUGCUAUAACAGUGUGGUAGUGUGAUCUUGAGUUUUUUGGGGAGCGGCGGAGCACGGGGGAGUCUGGGUCGAAGAGGGAAUUGGUUUGAAAUCCUAAUCCUCAUCUUGCGGUUGCUGAGCGUCAAACGGUGUUUUUUCCUUUGCCUUAUUUCAUUCCAAAAGGCUAGCUUUAAUCACUUGGUUUCUGCACCUGUAACCUGUGCAGCAAGCCUCUUGAGCUCAGCUUGAGACGGUUUGGGACCCUCUUCCUAUCCUGAAAAAGACGAAACCACACGCACACAACGCAGUUGCCAAGUAGAUGGGGUUUUGCAUAGCGCUGUUUUGCCUUCGUUGUGCCCGCUUUCCCAUUUGGGGGGAGUCAACAAGGACGGUGCCAAGCGGUCGCCCCGAAGCAGCUGCCUCAACCCUCCAAAUAUUUUGUUGCGUUUCCUUGAUUUCUUUGUCUUCAACCGUGUGGGUUUUUCAAUCCGUCUUGGAGUAGAUGACAUCUCUUGUGUGUUGGAUUGUACCAAAGAAUCCUUUAAACCAAGCCUAAAUGCUGCUCCGGAAAACAAAACUAAAAAAAUGAAAUAAAGCCUGCCUUCUGGUCCUUCCAAAGUCUCUGCAGGAUAUAAAAAAAUGGGUUUAACUUUUUUUAUUUUUGUACAGUUUCUAACUGAUUUUUUUGCUAGUGAUGUUAAUUGAAUUAAGGUUUUUUUGGUUUGGGGUGGGGGAUGGGGCGGGGGAGGAGGAGGAACAGCCGAUGCAAACUCCUCCCUUGAAAUAAUAAUAAUAAUUAAAGAAAACCCUGGUGACUUUUAUGUUUAAAUAAAAUGAUAUAGAAACCCGACGUGUGCCUCUCAGAUUUUAAAGGGUUUCUCGUUACAUUUAUUAAGACCAGCAAUUGAUUCUUUAUAUACAAAGAUAUGUGUUUUUUUCCUUGUUUUUUUAUUACUGUUUCAGAAGAAAAUAAAAUAAAAUGAAAAAAAAAUAAUUCCUUUUGCUCUGGAUCCAGUCGCCGUGCUGGAAAAUGCACUGAGAAAAAAAAACUUUUGUAACAACUUGUGACUGUUUUUGUAUAUCGAAGUUGAUUCUUUUCAAAAGAUUUGGAUCUAGUUUCUAAGUUAUUUUAGUGUUUUUAUAUGUUAUACAAGAAUUUGUUCACCAGCAUAAACUAGUUAUCUUCCAUGCAAAAAGGUGAAACACACACAGAAAAAAAGAAAUGGGCAAGAAAAACUGCCUGGUGUAGUUUUUGGCGGCCCGUAUUUUCUUUUCCUUCCUUAGUAACUUGACUCCUGAUUACAAUAUUAUCACAGAAUACCACAAACCUCCUUCCAUUUGAACUAGAUCCUCCUUCCUUCCAUGUUUAUUUGCUAUUAGUGUGAAGAAGAAGAAGACAAAAAAAACUUGAUUAAAAAUGGGCAUUUUUAUAAGUAUGGCUUAUAAAUGGUAAAAAAAUGAGGGGAAAAGCAAAAAAAAUAAAUAUAUAUCUAGAAGGUAAUUUGUGGGUCUGUGAGAUAUGGCUGUGGAAAGAUAUUGUAGUAGUUUUAACACUAUUGUUAUUACCUUUUAAAAUCAUUUAUCCAAUAAAAUAAGGAGAAUUUUUUAAAAUCA